AUGGAGUCGGACUCGUCCAACACACCGGCGCUGCCCGGGGGCGCCAACUCCGCGGAAAUGCCCCCUGCGCCUUGGUGGAAGGCCUGGGUGACGAGGGCCAGCCUCGUAAAGCUGGGGCUGCUGGUGGCCCUGGUGGUGGCCAUCCUGGUGGCCUUCCUGGGCUUCGGUGUGCACAAGCGGCUGGACGACUUCCUGGAGUGGCUGCAGGACAACAAGGCCCUGGGUUUCUUCAUAUUCGUGGCGGUGUACUCCCUGUGCACGGUGCUCUUUGUUCCAGGCCUCAUUCUCUCCCUUGGGGCGGGCUUCAUAUUCAAAAUUCCACUGGGGAUGCUGGCGGUCUGGGUGGCCGCCACCAUUGGCCAGACACUGGCCUUCCUGGUGGGCCGGUACCUUUUGAGGGACUGGGUGGCUGCCAGGACAAGGAACUUCAAGGUUUGGCAAGGCAUAGAGGCAGCUGUGGAAGAUGAGGGUUGGAAGAUCGUGGGCCUGCUUCGCCUGGCUCCCCUCAUCCCCUACAAUGCACUCAACUACGCCCUGGGCCUCACGGCCGUCAAGUUUUGGCACUAUUUCAUCGCCUCAUCGAUUGGCAUCCUGCCAGGAACAGCUCUCUAUGUCGUCAUCGGGAGCCUGGCGGAGGACCUCAGCAAGAUUACCAGUGGGGAGGGAGCCAUAGACACCAAUGUCUUGAUCGUCACGGUCGUCCUAACUAUCGUAAUGGUGGUUGUGGUCGUCUUCUUGACAACAUUUUAUGCAAAGCGGGCCAUCAAUAAGAAAUUGGAAGCUCAGAAGCUGGGCGAUGGCGAAGCUGCAGAGGGCGAGCAGCCUUCGUCCUUUUAUGACACGGAAUCUGCGACCCCGGCCAACCCAGAGACAGUGGCCAUCUCCGUGGUGCCGGUGUCUGAAAGAGGCGAGACCGGCGAACCGUGA